AUGGACAAGGAUGUGCCAAAGGACUCACCGCAGGCCAUGCUCAGAGAGGCAGAGAACGAAGCGGUCGCGAAACUGAAGCAUGUCGAAGCUCAAGCGAGUUCGGUGAUCACGAAAGUAGAAGAAGGAAAGAUCGACACGAUCGACUCCAACGCACGCUACUUGGCUUACCUUGCUCGAUUACGACCCCUCCUCCUUCCUGCGACUCGCUACCUGGCUUAUACGAGCGAUGUGGGCGAAGCCUUUAGGCCCGUCGUCAAUCCUACUGCCGUCAGAGCAGCCUAUGGCAUCUCAUGGAUGUACCUCGUCGGAGAUGUAGCGUAUGAAGGCUUCAGAGCCACAAAGGAGCGAGAGGCAAGAGCCGAGAAGAGGACCGCUCUGGACAGAUUGACCGGACGAGGUAUCGAGGAUCUAUCGGCAAGCACAGAGGUCGGCUUGCGAGUCGUCAAGAGGGCUACGUUCCAAGCUACAGCUUCGAUGCUCUUUCCUGCUCUGACUAUACACACGACGGUGAAACAGUCUGGCCGAUUGUUCAAGAACGCCAAGAGUCCUCGCGUCAGAGCUUGGGGACCCACAGUGCUAGGCUUGGCCGUCGUACCCGCGCUACCGUACAUAUUUGACGAACCGGUGGAGCAUGGUGUCGACUUUAUCUUCAACAAGAUUGAGAAGAUCGUCGUGGACAGCGCAUCGAGUGCCGGCAAGAAGACAGAACUAUGA